UAUGUACGUGCAUUUUGAGCUCAAAACUUUUUUUUCACUUUAAAACCCCAGGAACAAGGUCAGCAGCAAGUACUUUCGGAGCCAGAGAAAAGUUUGAGAGGAAAUGUAUGUGACAAGGCCUCUUUCUCUGUAUCUAAGAGAUCCUUCCGCUCUUUCAUCACCGCCUCCUGAGGGUCCAAACUCUGGUGUAUUGGUAAUCCAGGAUGAAGAAGCUGUGCCUAAGUUCUGUUUUGGAUUGUUCAAGAGUGAUCUCGUAAGCUGGGGCCUGCCUUUUCCUCAAAACAAGAACUUAAUGGUUCGGUAUACGCAGCAAGCUGGGGAGCAUCAAUACGUUCAUAGGAACCGUGUUCUUUUCAUUCCUGUUCUUAAUCAGCCAUUAUCUUCCAAUCAAUACUACGUGGUUGAAAGAAAAGGGAAGCAUAAAGGGGAAGCUUACAUAAACUCCAAGGAAGAGGAUAUGAAAACAUGCUGUUUCUGCGCCUGUAUAUCUGAUUUAAAACCACAACCUUUGGACCCUAGAAACAUUUAUCAACAAUUUGAGAUUCGACGUAAAUGGGGCGGUUUUGCUGCUAAAUCCGUAGCUUCAGAUGGGUUUCCUCCAAUUUUCCUGAGGAGAAAAGGCUGGCAAGUGUUUACCUCAACUUCAAAGGAGUUCCAGCUAAAUGAAGCGCCAGGCCUUAACACAGCUCUCCGCGCUCGCCUCCCGGACUUCAACUUCCCACUAUCACAAAAAUGUUCCAAGCCUGUAGUAGCGGGGAAGUGGUAUUGCCCUUUCAUGUUUAUCAAGGAAGGGACAGCACUUAAAGAUCAAGUGAAAUAUUCAACCUAUUAUGAGAUGAAACUCGAGCAACAAUGGGAGCAAAUCUUUGCUUGUGAAAAUAUGUAUAAUGAAGGCAAUACUGUAACUGUGGAUGUUGUUGUUGAAUGUGAAGCUGUUACAAUUGGCGGGACAGGAGCUGUGGCCGGCCGAAAGGAUGUUGUUGAUGGGGUGAUGUGGUUCAGGAGUUUUAACAGAGUGACAGGAGAAACAAGUGUGGGACUGAGAAUGGAAAUUGUGGAGAGAAUGAAGUGGGUGCAAGGAAUAGGGGGGGCUAGUGGGGAUGAAAGGGAGGUGAGGGUGAAGAGAAAUGAGGUUUUUGAUGGCGAGGGGAAGUGGAGGAAAUUUGGUUGCUAUGUUUUGGUUGAGAGGUUUGCCUUGAAGAGAAUGGAUGGAAGCUUGCUGCUGACCUAUGAUUUCAGCCAUCCUCAUCGCAUUAGAAGCAGAUGGGAAUUAUAAAAUUAUGCCUCUUUUUUAAUCAAUUAGACUAAUUUAUAUGUAUGUAUGUAUGUAUGUAAAACUGGGAGCAGAUGAGUUUUUUUUUUUUUGUACAUUUUGUGAGCAAGUGGGAUUGGUAGAAAGAGUAAAUCUGGAUGCUAUGUGUUGGUUGAGGGAUUUAAUGUACUGGGAAGAAUGAGAAUGUUUUAUGUUUUUCCUCUCUUUUGCUGUAUUCAUAUGUCACACGUGGUACCGUUUCAGUUAAAAGAUGUGUCGUGUUAGCCUA